AUGGCUAAGAGAAGCGCCGACCUAACAGAGCUGCGGCCCUCAAAGAAGUCCAAGUCAGACGAGGAGUCCUCAAUCAAGAAGGAGAAGAGAGACAAGAAGGACAAGAAGGAGAAGAAAGAAAAGAAGGAGAAGAAGGAGAAGCAAGAGAAGAAGGAAAAGAAGGAGAAGAGCGAAAAGAAGGAGAAGAGCGAAAAGAAGGAGGAGAAGGAGAAAAGGAAGGAAAAGGAGAACGACGAGGACAGAGUGAUCGCAACUUCCCCUUUGGAAGUAAAGGGUUACAUGCAGGCUUCGGCCCUGACUGAUCUGCCUCAGUCCCAGAUCGAUCAGUUCCUGGAGGAAAAGGUCAUCAAGAUCACAGAUUCAGCCACAGAUGCACCUCCUCAACUUCGCCCAAUCAUUUCCUUCGACUACCUUCCCCCUUGUGGGAACAACCUUUACGCGCCCUUGAAAGCAUUCCCUGCUCCCUCGCCUAUUCAGGCCGCUACCUGGCCGCUGCUCUUGUCCGGUCGCGAUGUCAUUGGUAUUGCAGAGACCGGCAGUGGUAAAACCUUGGGUUUCGGCCUUCCGUGUCUAAAGAAACUGCUGGACUCCAAGCGUAGCCGCGCGCCGUACCAACCAGCCGCUGUGAUCAUUUCUCCAACGCGUGAGCUUGCUAUGCAAAUUUACGACCAGCUCGUCAAGUUCUCUGAUGUUGCCAACGCUGAUGUAACGUGCAUCUUCGGUGGUGUGGGCAAGGAUGAACAGCGGGUGGCACUGAGGACGGCUGCAAUUGUGGUCGCCACUCCUGGCCGUCUGAAGGAUCUUCAGAAUGACGAGUCUGUCGAUCUGAGCAAGGUCAACUACCUUGUCUUGGACGAGGCUGAUCGUAUGCUGGAUAAGGGAUUUGAGCAGGAUAUCAAGGACAUCAUCGCGCCUAUGCCAGUCUCCGAGAGACAGACAGUCAUGUUCACAGCCACUUGGCCCAAGUCGGUCCGUGAACUUGCUGCUACCUUCAUGAACUCUCCCGUGACCGUGACAAUUGGUGGUGACCCUUCUGCAGAUCCUCGUGCCAACACUCGCAUCAAGCAAGAGGUCGAGGUCCUCGACGGUCGCGAGAAGGAGAACCGUCUCAUUCAGCUGCUGAACCGAUCACAAAGAGGUCAAAGCCCCGAGAAGGUUCUGGUCUUCUGUCUCUACAAGAAAGAGGCUAUGCGCAUUGAGGGUCUUAUCAAGAGGAAGGGAUUCCGUGUUGCCGGAAUUCACGGCGACCUGAACCAGUCGGACCGAUUCCGCAACCUUGAGGCGUUCAAGAGCGGAUCCGCGACCGUUUUGGUUGCCACCGAUGUGGCUGCUAGAGGUCUUGAUAUCCCCGCCGUGAAGUUGGUCAUUAACGUUACUUUCCCUCUCACGGUGGAAGACUACGUUCACCGAAUCGGCCGAACUGGCCGAGCUGGUGCAGAGGGUCACGCUGUUACCCUUUUCACUGAACAAGACAAGGCACUUUCUGGCGGUCUGAUCAACGUCCUAAAGGCUGCGAAGCAAGAGGUCCCCGAGGCUUUGCUCAAGUUCGGUACUACUGUUAAGAAGAAGCAGCACGACGCCUACGGUGCCUUCUACAAGGAUAUUGGCACCGACAAGAAGGCCACAAAAAUCACAUUUGAUUAG